UGCAGUUGCGGUGGUGUCGCAGGUCUGGAACGGGUCGCGGAGGAGUUGAUGGGCCGUAGGAGAUGGAAGCAAUAUCAGGACACCCUGUACAGCGGUACUCGCAGCAGCGAAUCAGCGACGGCACAGCCCCACCACCGGCUAUACCCGGCGUUCUCGUCGUCCUGCGACCCGGUGCCCGGGAACCUGGAACAAAUUGGGUCGCGCCCGCUUCAUCCCGCGUCCUCCUCAUUACCUGUAACGAUAACGGCAACGACGACCACGACGACGACGACGACGACGACGGCGGCGACACCGGCCACAGCCACGGCCACGACCGCGGGCCCGAUCAAGCAGGAGGCGACGCUGCACAGGCAUCACCUGCAGAAUCAUCAUCAUCAUCAUCAUCAUCAUCUCCAAGACCACCACCGUCCCUAUCAGCAACAACAACGGCAACAAAGGCAGCAGGAGGAGACUCGGCGUCUGAGGCCGGACGAGAUCAAAGUCGAGGUCGGCGAGGACGAGUUCGCGAACGGCAGGGAGGAGUCGAGGGCCGGCGAGACCUCGACGGCGGCCACGGUUACCACCGCGACCGGUGCCACCGCGACGACGGUGCCUCUGUCCACCGCGGCGACAACGGGUACGAGCACCGUGGUCCCGUCGAGCGUCGUCGCGACGUCCAACACGAUGACCACGGGGACCACCACGAUCCCGACCAGGCGGUUGCGGAAACGCCGCCAGAACGAGGGGGAGGGGGCCGAGGACAGGGAGGAGGAGGAGGAGAACGAGGAGGAGGAGGAUGGAAGGGGGCAGGGCGAGGCGGAGAAACGGUUGAAACUCGACGAGGACGCCGACAGGCCCGUCACCCCUCUCAGAAGGGAAAAGGAUCGGGGAUCUCGGGAGUAUCCGACUUCCAACGCCACCGAUACGGAAGGGACCAAGGAACGAACGCAGGAAGAAGUCGCGUUGGAUCGGACACCGGUGACGCAAGGGUUGUUGAGAGUGAAGAAGGAGGAGGAGUUGCAGGAGGCGCCGAGUUCUGGAGGCGGUCCAACGAUAUUGACGACGACACCCGGUUUGGAUCACCCGGACGGGAUCAGGUCAGGGUUGCCGUGUCGGGAGGUUGAAGCCGGUAGGAACGUCGUGGUAGCAGCGCCGUUCCUCGUCGGGAGCCGACGCACCAGCCCACCGCCCGAGGACUGGAAGCCGCUAGACAAGUGUUACUUUUGCCUGGACGGCAAGCUACCCCACGAUGAUCAACCACCUCUCGUAAGUACGAUUCUCGAGCGGGCGGUAAAAUUGGUUUUCAGUUCCGGUUAUCGGCCGAAGCCACGGGCUAUGAGCGGGCCGGUGGCGGCCGUGGCUGCGGCGGCCGUGGCGGCGGCGGGGGUCGGUGGUGUCCCCGUGGUGGGUGCCGGGGGUGGCCGGAGGGCCUACACCGAGGAGGAGCUGCAAGCCGCGCUCAGGGAUAUCCAGAGUGGCAAGCUCGGGACACGGAGGGCGGCCGUGAUCUACGGGAUACCGCGUAGCACCCUGCGCAACAAGGUCUACAAGCUUGCGAUGGAGCGCGAAAGGGACGCGUCCCUGUCUAGCACCCACUCACACCCUCACGAGCCCGGCGCCCCAGCCACCACCAUCACCACCAUCACCACCACCACCACCACCACUACUACUACUACUACAACUACAACACCAAAUACGACCCAAAACGCCUCCGCGACCACUCCGCCCCCGCAAGUGGACGAGGUGGACGACAAAGAACUGUCCGGAGCGGAAGAGGAGAAAGAAGUGGAGAAGGCUCUGUUGAAGCCGCUGUUGUCCUUGGAGGAUCUCGUCAGGUUUUCCACGCUCGAAGGGAGCGGCGGUGAUUCCCUGAGAACGUUGUUGCAACGAGGGCAGGAGACGGGAGCCGAGUGGCCGGGCCUCGAACACGCCAACAUCGGCCCUUACAUACAAAAGAUGAUCGCGGCAGCUGCGCCGUUCAAAGGCAUGGAGACCCAAGAUUAUCGCAUUCCAGAGGUGAUGAGAAGGCUGAUGAGCGAGGACAAGAGGCUGAGCAAAAGCGUGAACGGGGACCAGUCGCAGCCGCCGCAACUGGCGCAUCAUCACCAAUCGGCGCACUCGACGCAUCCGCAGGCCCAGGCGCAGUCGCAACAGCAGCAACAGCAGCAGCAACAACAGCAACAGAGGGGCCCGAUGACGAACGACGACUUCAACCCGAACAUCGAGGAGGAGGCGAGCGACAGCGCGCAGGGCAGAGCGAUCCUCAAGAUUCCGUCCUACAAGCCGGCGAGCACGCCCGGGUGCUCGAGCAAGAACGGGGAGCCGACCUCGGCCGCGUUCGCGCAGGGAUUCGCGACCGCGGCCUCGAGUCCCGGCCUCCUGGAACGCGCGAGUCCAGCCUUCUCGGGCACGAGCAGCCCGACCAACUCGUUGGUCGGGAAAACGGUGGCCGUCAACUUUCGCGACGUGAUCGCGAAGAGCAUAAGCGUGAAAUUCCAAGAGGGGCAGACGGUGGCGGGCGGCGGGAUGGGCGGGUGUCAACCGGGCGGCGGGGUUGUGCAGUCGCAGCAACCGAUCAUGACGGAUCCGAGCCCGUUCAAGAGGGGAAGGUACACGCCGCCGCAGCCGGGCCAAACGCAGCAGGGCCAGGCCCAGGCGCAGGCGAAGCCGCAGAGCCAGGAGGCGAACAAACCGAAGCCGGCCACGGGCGGGAAGGGAACCAGGCCGAAGCGGGGCAAGUACAGGAACUACGACAGGGACAGCCUGGUCGAGGCCGUGCGGGCUGUUCAAAGGGGUGAGAUGAGCGUGCAUCGGGCGGGCAGCUAUUACGGGGUGCCGCACUCCACCCUCGAGUACAAAGUUAAGGAACGGCAUCUGAUGAGGCCGAGGAAGAGGGACCAGAAGCAAUCGGACGACAAGACGAAGGAGGCCUCCACGGUGACAGCGGCGGCGGCGGCGGCGGCGGCGGCGGCAGCCGCGACCAACAUACGGCCGGGCACGGCGGACAAGAAGCCGCAAUUGAAGCCGCAGAAACCUUUCACGUCGCCGGGCGGUAUACCGGGCCCGAACGGGAUCAAGAUGCCUUCGUUCAUGGAGGGGAUGCCCCAUCUACCUUUCACUCCGUUCAAUUUUUGGAACCCGCCACCGUUCAUGCCGUCGCCGUUCAUGGCCGGGGCGCCCAACGUCCCCACCAUCCUGCCCGAACAAUAUUUCGCCACGAGCAGGAUCCGAGGGUUGCAGGAGCAGCAGAGGAACGCGGCCAUGGUGCAGCAGCAGCAGCAACAACAGCAACAGCAGCAGCAUCAAGGGAGGGAGAGGGACGGGGGCAUGGCGGAAACCUCGGCCGGAACCUCGAAUUCUCGCGGCACGCCGCAACAAAUGAGCAAAGUGCCGCGGGAAGUUUCGGAGGGUAUAUACGACGGGUCGGGCGCGAACGGCAGUUUCUUGGACAAUUUGAUCAGGUCGAGUCUCGAGACGGGCAUUCCAAGGGAGCAGAGGGCGAUGACCGAGGCGAGGAAUCAGCAACAGCAGCCCACCUCUCAGCAACAGAUGCCCGAGUCGAUGAGGAGCAAAGCGUUGAUCGAUCAACUGUGCCGAAACUCGAGGAGGACGCCUGUGCCGAGGUUGGCGCAGGACAGCAGCGAGGACGAGAGUUACAGGGGGCCGUCGGCGAGCGGGGGGAGGCCGGUCCCCGAGAGGCCCGAGCGGGUGCCCACCGUCGACCUUAGCCCGUCACCGUCCGACAGGGGUCGAAACGACGACGGCAGCGAUCGACUCACCUCGCCGCCCACGCCCCUCUCCGUCUCGAGGGCCGGGAGCAGAGACGAGGACAGUACCCGCGAUUCCACGACCAAGAUCGAUCGUAGCAGCAGGGAACGCGAGGUCCACAACGGUGGCCAGGAGGAUCGAGAUAGAAAAACUCUGACCGCUCCUCAGCAGCAACCGCAACAACAACAACAACAACAACAACAGCAACAGCAACAACAAUUGAAUCAUUACCCGGACUUACACAAUCUCUACGCCGUACCAACUGACAAAAAAAGUGCCUGUGAUAGUAAGCUUAUAGUAGAUCAUUCGAGCCAGAAGACUCAACAACAGCAACAACAGCAGCCGCAGCAGCAGCAGCAACAACAACAACCGCAACCGCAACAGCAGCAGCAGCAACAACAACAGCAACCGCAAUCACAACAACAACCACAACAACAACAACAACAACAACCACAACAACCACAGCAGCAACAGAAGGAGUACGGUGCAGUGAGCGGAUUGGUGGUGCAACUGCAACGGGGCUACGGUACGGGGAGCAACAACAGGUCCGGCGAGCAGACGAACAACGGGCAACAAUCGGCGGAGCAACACGGACCCGUAAUCAGUAUGGAAGACUCCGUGGAGCAGUAGGAAGGAAAAGUCGGUAUCGUUGAUCAUACAGUAUAUGAUAAAAGUUACGAUAUAUGAUAAAUAAACGAUCCGUGCGCGCGUUAUAUACACACACACACAUACACACACGCAACACGGGGGUUUUAACGAUUUAACACGGGUGGGAUUCCCGCCCGAGUGGUAUUAUCAUCGACACACCGCGUCGCCACGGUCGGAGGAUUCUCGGCCUCCACUCUCCCUUUCUCCCUCGGCUGUUUCGCGCUCUCGGCGUAUCCCGAUCGGCGGAAACACGAGCGGAAAUCGUGCACACGACUUUGUCGCGCCUCGGCUAUGAAAGCGAGCGCGGCCCGCUCUCCGCGUUUCCGAGGAGAAGGCCCGGUGAAAGCCGACCACCACCUCCGCCCAUCCGUUGGUGAUGCGCGUGUGCAGGACGUUUCGAGAACGAACACGUUGCGAAACGUGUGGCGCGAAUAGACGAGAGAACACGCUUUUUGUCAGUGAGCCCCCUUCGGAAGCCCCCUGACCCUGCCCUUUCCACCCGGAAGGAAGUCGACAACCGGCCGCGUUCCAUCGUACAUGUAUUCCGUAGGAAGUUGAAAGGAAACGGAGGGAAAGAAAAGGGGGGGAUAAAAGAAAAGAGAUGAAAAGAAACGCGAGUAAGUAAGCGAAAAUAGCCCGGCCAUCCGCGAACCCAUUGCGACUCCAUCAGUUUUACACGAGUAUCCGGCCUCCUCGAUCUCCUGUCCAGCUGACGGUAGGUCGUACCGGAACUGUUUUCUCCACUCUGUGGCGAAUAUUUCGUGGAAACGCGCAAGAAACGGAUAUAUAUAUAUAUGUAUACACAUAUAUACAAGCAAGAUGUGCAACGUUAUUAUUGUACACACACGCGACACGAGUACCCGAUACACACACGAUUGAUCUCACACGUACACACACAUGGGCCCCCAUUAUUCACACAGUGACACGCAGGCAGGAAAAAAGAAAAAAAAAAAGUAAAAGAGAAAGAAAAAAAACGUAUACUCGUUCCGCUCGAUUAUUAAUAAUUAUUAGACACGACAAUUUUCUCGACACGUGCGGGAUUCGGGACGACACCUUGUCGGGUGAUCCACCGGAUCCACGACAUCCUGUACGGCGUGUACAGAGGAGAACGCAAAUGCAGAGGGGAAGUAGGGGACGGAACGGCGAGCGCGUUCCGUGGAGAAAGAAAAAAAGGAAGAAAAGGAAAGAGAGGAGAAGGAAAAAAACGAGAAAAGGGGAUGAAGGACACGAGUUGAGCGCGCGCGAAAAAAGAAAAUUCUGCAGGGUUGUUUAUCCGGCCGACGAACGCGCGCGAAUCGAAACGAAUUUUAUUGGCCGAUGACACGGCACUGACACGGAACUUUUGAUAAAAGACGAGGUCGACGAGGUGAGAACACGAACAAAUUAUAUAAAAAAUAUUGCCGACGCAACAACGUAUUAUUUUUUUUUUUUUUUUUUUUCCUUUUAUCGAUGUAAAACUACCUAAUGCAAAAAAAAAAAAAACUUAUUAAAACUUAUUACCUACUAACUAACAUUACUUAACUCGUAAGGAGCAACAUAAUUAUAUAAGGAAUGAAUAUAUUAUAUAUACAUAUAUAUAUAUACAUAUAUUUUUGGUCAUUACGAACGUAUGCGAAACGAGAACGAGCCAAGACUUUUGUUGGCGCGCGUUGAUAGAUGACGUUUUUUCACAAGGCGACAAUAUUUCUCUAAUCUCGAUUAUUUCGAGGCUGGCGUUCGGUAGAAACGCGAACUUUAUCCUCCCCCUCUCGAGCGGGUCGCUCCAAAAAAGGGGAAAAAGAAAGAAAAAAGAAAAAAAGAAGAGAGAGACGUAUUAAAAGGAUGUGGAUUAGAGGAAGGUGUAUUAGGGCGAUCUUCACGCGGUUAGGCGUCGUUUUAGAGUUCGAGUUAUCGAGGACGCAUUCGAUUUUGGGAACGGUCCGUUUUCAGAAAGAGAGAAAAAAAGAAAGAAAGAAAGAAAGAAAGAAAGAAGGGGGAGAGGAGAAUUUUCAUCGGCGAAAAUCGUUCUGUUACGACGCGACGGACCGAUUGAGCAAUCCACACGAAAAAAGAAAGGCGAAUGAAAAGACGCGUAGAUGUAUAUAGAGGAGGGAUUCGGAGGAUCGCUACGUGUACCAAGGCGCGCGCUUGUUCUUCACUCUUUACCGAAGUGCAAAAAAGAAAAGAAAGAAAGAAGGAAGGAAGGAAGGAAGGGAAGAAAACUUUUUUCUUACGCGCGACAACGCCCACAUUUUGAUACAAAUGCAAAUUUUCUAUCGCGUAGAGGAUGAGAAGCAGCUGUAACGGCGGCGUUCGUAGAAUUUUUUCACUUGCGAAAAAGAAGAAGAAGAAGAAGAAGAAAAAAAUCCCAUUCUCGUUUUUCGAAGAAGGAUCGGUGUUUCCUUUUUCUUCUGGUUCGAAUCGAUCAAAAAAAAAAA